AUGCGCAUUGAUCCCCUGUUAACGGGACGGAGCGAUCCCGAUCCUGAGAAGCCGAACGCGACCGUCCCGUGCGCCGUCAAGCCACUACCCCGUUCGCCUCUCCUCGCCGGCGUGAUCCACCAGCUGUUGGUCAGCGGUUUCAACCAGAUGGCUACGCCAAUACUCCAUUUACGGUGCCCACACCAACCCCCGUGGUCGCGCCAUUUGGUUCUCCCGCGCCAGCUGCGAUACCAACUGGCGCAACCGACAUGCCCCCUGUCCCCGAUGACUAUGACAUGGGACAAGGCGACACGCGCGGCUUCGUGCACAACGUUCCGGCUCUUUUGUUUGACCACGGCGAUCCGGUUCGAUAUAACAAUCCUGGACCUCCCUGACCCGCCCUCGUUUAACGGCUCGACCAAGUCGGAGCGGCGGACAUUCAUCCGCUAG